CGAGCAUUAUAAAAACAUAUGCAGAUCUUCAAGUUUUCAUAAUAGGAAAUCGUGAAUUCGGCAUCGAUGCGUUGUCAAAGACGGAACUUGGAUAGACCCAUGUCGAUCCCUCGCAAGCUGAGGUCCCAGCUGGGCCAACUGGGCCAACGACCCCUGUUGAGUUUGUUGUUGUUGGUUACUGGGUCCGAGGAAAUAAUAAUCCUUUUCAAGUCCCAUCCGAAAAUAAUCCCCUUUCUUAUUAAACAGCCUUACCGACGGAAUAAUACUUGUCGAGUAGCACAAGACUAGCAUCUAAAGCGGUUCAUUUAAUCCAAUUAUCUCGGCUGUCAAGUGUCAAGUCAAACUGACAACAAGGCACGGCUACUGUUGCCUACUGUUGCCGUCGCACGACUUCGAAAAACGUGUAACUCCGUCCGCGAAUUAUCGUCGGCCCAGAUGUCUACGAACAGCUGACGUUACGUACUUGGCUAGAGGACCUAGGUAUUAGCAGAAGAAUAAUUCCUUACGGAAUACAACCACCAAUAUUCAAGACGGUGAAGCCUCAUACGCACCCAACCCGACAAUGCACCUCUCCAACACAAUGCUCAGCCGCCUCCCGCCCUCGCUCCUCGUCCUCCUUACCGUCGCAACCCGGCUCCGCGCGCAGCAACAGCAGCAUCCCACAGCAAUCCGGAAGAUGUCGCUAGACGAGGGCGAGAUGUUCUUACCAGAGUACUACGCCUUCGCGCCAGCACAACUACAGCCCCGGGACGAAGAAGAAGAAGAGCUCCUACUUGCCGGAAACAGCUCCGCCACCGCCACGGCCCCGUUCCGUCCGCCGUACCCGCUGCACUACGACUACCACAGAGCCGGGAUACGAGGAAAAGAAGAAGACUCGGGACCGUCCCUGUAUAACCGUGCGCGCGACGUCCUAGCCAAGCUGCAAGGCCGCCAGUUCGCGUGUCCCGAGAACACGCAAAGCUGCGAGAACAUCGACCAGCCGAAUUACUGCUGCAGCCAGGGGACCCAAUGCUUCGUCGUGACGAACGCCCCCGACGCCGGGAACGUAGGAUGCUGCCCGGACGGCCAGACAUGCGGCGUGACCGUGGGACAAUGUUCAGAUGGGUCUUCGUCCUGCCCGGCGAACCAAGGAGGCGGAUGCUGCAUCCCUGGGUUCGUGUGCGCUGACGUCGGGUGCGUCCACAGCACCGUCUCCGUCAUCACCCAAACAACCAUAGCAUCCACCACCGUAACCGCGACCCCCUCCGCCUCAACGCAAGUCAUAACCGUGAUCGUAACCGUAACGCCCUCCGACGGCGGCGCCCCCGUCCUUAGUACCACGACGGAGACCACCACCGCGAGCGCAACUCCCAGUUCCACCACGGCAACAGGCGGCAUCCCGCCCUACCGACCCACAAGCGGCUCCUCCUCCUCCUCCUCCUCAUCCGCAACCACCUCCCCCUCUCCCUCUCCCUCCUCAUCGACAUCCUACUGCCCAACCGGGUUCUACGCGUGCGUCGCCCGCGAAGGCGGCGGAUGCUGCCGCACCGGGCGCGACUGCAGCACAACGUCGUGUCCGGCGCCGCCUCCCAUGACGACGAUAAUAUCCAGCGGAGUCACCAUCGCGGUCCCGGCAUCCGACGCGCAAGCAGCCGAGGGCGCGCAGCCCACCGCGACAUGUGCUUCGGGAUGGUUUCUAUGCGGCGAAGAUGCCGGGCCGGUCGCGGGAUGCUGUCCCACGGGGUAUAACUGCGGCGCGGCAAGCUGCACGAUAUCGACGAGCACGGCGACGGCAACGGUGCAGAAGGAGUUGCCGAACGCGGCGUUGAGCAGCAGGAAGAGUAGAGGUGGGAUUGUGGAUGUGCUAGUGUUAGCUUGGGUGGUAGGUGUGUCUGCUUUGGUUUUGAUAUAG